AUGGCGGCGCGCGCGGCGCUGUGCCUGGCGGGCGCGGCACUCUCGCUGUACGCGCUCCACGUGGAGCGGGCGCACGCCCGCGACCCCUCUUACCGCGCCGCCUGCGACCUGGGGCCCGCCGUCUCCUGCACCCGCGUCUUCGCCUCCCGGUGGGGCCGAGGCCUGGGGCUGGUGGAGGGGCUGCUGGGCCGGGACAGCGUCGCCAACGUCCCCAACGGGGCCAUCGGGGUCCUCUUCUACCUGCUGCAGGGUCUGCUGGGGGCAGUGCCGGGGCGGGGGGCGGCGGCGGUGCUGCUGGGGACGGCGGUGGCCUCGGCGGUGGCCUCACUGUGGCUGGCGGGGGUGCUGGCCUUCGGACUACAGGACUUCUGCCUCGUCUGCCUCACCACCUACCUCCUCAACGGCCUCCUCCUCGCCCUCAACUGGCGCCGCUGGCGGCAGCUCCGCCACAUCAAAACUGCCUGAAAUGCACCCAAAAAAUGUCGGGUGGGGGGACGGGGACACCCUCCACGGCCGGGGGUGCCCCUCCCUUCCCCUCAAACAUGGCGGUUUUGAGUGAGGGACCCGG